AUGGAAGCUACCUGGAUCACAAAGAACUAUGGUGAUGAUCUGUACUUACACAGCUACACAGCGCGUACACUUCCAUCCGAGUCUUCGAUAGAAGACUUGCUCAUGCAAGCAAGAAGGAUAACGUACGACGUCAUCGGCCUGGCCGAAACGAGAAGGCGCCAGCCUUUCAACGCCGUCUUUGACACCGGGGAAGAACUGUCCCUCGGAACAUGUGGCAGUAGAGGAGUCGGCGGCGUCGGCGUUCUCGUCAACACGAGUUUGUCUAUGAGCAUCGACUCAUUCGAACAGCUUGCAACCCGUAUCGGACUCUUCAUCGUUUACGCCCUUACAUCAAACUAUAACGAAGAAAAAGACGAAGCGUUCUCUAUGGAGUCGGAGAAGUUUUACAGGAAAGACCGUACAUUCUCUAAGGUGAUCAUUGGAAAUUUUAACAUAAAGACCGGACCGAGGACGAAAACGGAGAGCAGCUAUCUGAGUUUAACAUUGCGACCGAGACCAUCUGUGGUAACUCGCAAUUCCAGAAGUCCCACCCUCAACGCUGGACGUGGGAGUCUCCCAGUGGAGAGUACCAUAAAGAAGUAG